AGGGCUUGCCGAUCAGAACCCUUCAGCCAUGCAGAAUGCUGCCGCUUCAGCCGCCCAGUCGCCCACAGCGGCCCAGUCCAGGCUGUUGAAAGGGCCCUCUUUCGCGGAUGUGGUCAUCCAGGAGGUGGCCCGCCUGGCGCGGGAGGUGCAGGCCAUCCAGCGAGACCGCGAGGCAUUGCAGCGCCAGAUGGAGGCACUCCGCACCGAAGUCCGGGAGAUGAAGCUGCAGCGGAGCGGGCCGCCGGUGCGCGUUGUUGGCCGCGACGGGGUGUCGCUGGAGCGUAUCAUCGAACAAGCGGUGCCCUACACCAUCGUGGAGAUUCCGGAGGGCGUUCACAGCUUCGAGCUCUUGGAGCUGAAGAAGCCGGUUCUCAUCCGGCGCAACAUGGCUUCUCGCAAGUCCGACACUGUGCUCAUGGGCAGCAUUGUGGUUGCCUCUCGCGGGGUCAAGUUCGAAUCGGUUUGCUUCCGCUGUGAUCCAGAAUGCCAAUACACGCAGAUGCUCACCAUCGGCACGUCGGACAGCUUUAUUGAUGCGACGGAGGCUGAGUUAGUCGACUGCGACACAAACAUGAGCGUGGUGGUCAAAAGUGGGGCGCCGGUGAUUCGCCACUGCAGCUUUCAUGUGCAGGGCGAGCUCAAUGAGCAAGGCCUCCGAUCCAGCCUCACAAGCUGCAUCUGGCUGGGCAGGGACUCCGCAGCGACCAUCGAUUCAUGCUACAUCGAUGGCCGAGCUCAGCGAGUCAACGCCUUCUCCAUCGACGACAAUGCAUGGGGUAGGCUGAGACGGAACGUGAUAUAUGGCUCCUUGGAAUACCCUGCCUUUCACAGGGGCUCCUUUGGCAACAUCGACCUAGACAACACCAACGAGAUCAAUUGUCCUGUAUACCACGGGGUGCGGAAGCUGCGUCACCUAGACGCGUCGCCCUCCCCGUCGCCCGCGUCGCCUCACGACCGGUCCUCUGCCUGGGGCUGGGCGGAUAGGCGUCCGCUGCGACCAGAUGAGUCGCCGAUGUCGCCGAUGUCUCCGAUGUCUGCAGCGUCACCCACGUCGCCGAACCCGAACCGGGAGGCAGGCCUUGCUUCACCCCCAGUGCCUCCUCCCAGGAGGCAAGUUCCGUGGCAGCUUCUGUAAGCAGGGUUGGGCGAUUCGACCCGUUGUUUGAGCACGUUUCGACCGUUUAAACAACCUCCGUGGAUCCCUUCAAAGGGGACCAGGGACUGGUUGCUGAAGAGUUUGCGCGUUACCUAGCCUUUGCGCUGGCAGCCUGGCAUCGCUUGACAG